CAAUAUUUAUACAUUGACAGCUUUGUGUGUUUGACAGUUACUGCUUUAUAAGAAUAUUGGUGUGGAUUUACAUAUUCUUACCCAAAUACCUUGAAUUUUGUUGAUUCUUGUACUUGGACUUGAAUGUCAUGUCAAAUAAUGGUUAGUUUUAAUGCAAUCGUGGUGGCCAUGUCAAGUCUGUUUAUACACACGCCCGAAGGAGCAAUUUAUAAUUGCUCGGGCAGUGUUCAUGUUGUUGAGGUCAAUGACACAGCACUUAUUGGGCAUGUAGUGGUUACUGCCACCGGAAAUAUUACACAAUAUAGUGGAUGCGCACACUUUUUGGAACUAUCGAACGGAAAACUUGUAUUAAAAACAAAACUAACGACUCUUUGUAUGGACACGCCUGUAUGCCAAUUCAAUACAAGCGACUGUUCGCAGACGAAUAUUCUUAUACUGACCAUUGUGCGAACCGCAUUUUACAACAUAUCUUUCAAAGAAGAAAAUUAUACUGCAACUAUAGCAGAGAAUACGAAAAAUGCAACAUUGCUGCAAAUCGGUUCCGAUAAACUGGGAGUAAAUCUCGCGAUGGGUAACUGUUACAAUGGAGAUGAAACCUCGUGGAACCAUCCAAAAUUAUUCGCACUAAAGACUGAAUCUGUGCCGUUUUUCUGGCGGGCCAUAAGUAACAGAAAUUCCUUAUAUACAUUUGGCGAUAUCGAUUAUGAGAAAAGCACUGGGUAUGCCCUGACAAUCGAAGGAACUUAUAUGGGUAUAAAUGGUUCAGCAACAACGACAAUCUAUGUGGAGAUAAUUGACGAAGAUGACCAAAAUCCGACAUUUAACAUCAAAGACGGUAUUGACUACAGACUGGAUAUCGCUGAAGAGGACAACGCGACAGUGAAUAGACCACACAAUACAACGCCGGUUAUGUCCGCAUAUGAUCAAGAUUUCGGCAUUAACGCGACCAUUAAAUACAAACUAAGAACUAUUACUCCAUCUACUGGUGCGCACCUUUUUACUAUCGACCCUGACAAAGGGACAGUCAAUGUUACGGAAGUAUUGGACUAUGAAAAACAAUCGAAUUACCGCCUCAUCAUCGAGGCUUAUCAAGUUGACAACCCACAGUCGCGCACCGCUCAAGCAACUAUAAGCGUUAACGUCGUAGACAUAGAUGAUCACAAACCAUUGUUCCGACCGGAUGUUGACGACGUGGUGUUAUUAGAACAUUCAGUCGUUGGUACACACGUGUAUAACGUGAGGGCUUUGGAUAACGAUGCAGGAGAAAACGGGUUCAUUACCUAUCGGAUCAUUAGCAACACAGAGGCGUUUCAGCUUCUUAAAAUUGACAACUUUUCGGCAGCAUUGAAUGUAAAAGAUCCGGCGAAAAUUGAUAGGGAAAAUCAGGAAAAUAUCACCGUUAUUAUUGAACCAUUAACACAUAAUGGCAAAGCAGGUCAAAACAACCUAACAGUGAACAUCCGUCUAGAGGAUAUAAACGACAACAAUCCAGUUUUCGGUAUCCCUGAUAUGUCUGAGUUCAGUUUCACGUAUGUGAAUCAAUCUGAUGGAACGUCUAUAGGAAAGGUUGAGGCAACUGAUAAGGAUACUGGCGAUAACGCUCUUCUCGACUAUGAGAUAGUUAACAGGACCAUGAACGCAGGCGAAUGUUAUAACGAUAGUCCAUUUAUUAUCAACAAAACAACCGGGGUUAUUGUUAUGAGCAGAGGUUAUCUACCAUGUGAUGGAUACCGUUUUGUUGUUCAGGCUUGUGACAAUCCUUAUAAUCCUAUUGCGAGGCGAUGCUCAGUUACUACGGUAGCGGUUGCUAGGAUAGCCAAUGAGACUGUGGAUAACUCUCGUCAGAGCAUUAACGUCACGGAAUCCGUUUUAAUCGAUACUUACGUCGCUCAACUGAUGUGUGGUGGCACAGGUGUGACGUAUAAAGUAAUACCUAGUAUAACUGCAGUGCCGUUUGGUGUAUCUGCCAACGGAAUUUUGAAGACCUCUGGAUUAUUAGACAGGGAAAACAAUUCGACGUAUGACUUUCUGGUUCAAGCCUACCAGUAUGGACAGGUCAAAUGCAACAUCAACAUUAGUAUAAACAUCCUUGAUGUGAAUGACAAUGCUCCCGUGUUUCAACCUGACAUGUACAUACUAUACUUGGGAAACACCACUGAAAAGGGACAAAUCGUCGGAAUAGUUCGUGCAAAUGAUUCUGACAUCGGCGACAACGGAAUUGUGAAUUAUUCGUUCAAAACCAGAAGCGGUAAAUCGUACUUUAUCAACGGUUCAUCCGGGGAAAUCAGUCUUGUUAGUCCAGACCAUGUCAGAGAUAUUGAGCAACUUGUAGUCAUCGCGACAGACCAAGGAACACCCCGAUACGAGGCAUCGGCUGUUGUUUAUGUCCUCAGUGGAGAUAUUGGUACUAGCUCGGUUCCACUUAACACGCCUCUGGAAAAAGGACAGAUUACACACAAGAAAAAAACACUUGAAAGGGGAAUUUCAGAGAUUUUAAACCAGAGCGUAGUCAUUUCGCAUGUGAAAGCCUACGAAAAGUCUCCGCAUAGGUCCAGAAUCUUCAUCACUCCUACAGAGAAGUCCGUCGAAACCAGCACACUGGUCAGACAGGUGUAUAAUAACUACGAAGAGAUACGGACAUUAUUCUAUUCUGCACUCGAGUGUGCGGACACCAAACAUUUUGAUUCGGACCUGGGGGCACCCAAGAUAGGUUUCAUCGUUAUGGCGGUGGUUAUUCUGGUUGGAACGAGUAUUGCGAUCGUCUUCAUUUACAGGCAGUUUAACUGCCACAAAAGAUUCAAAAAGCUCUAUGAAACGUUGAAUAAGGACAGUUCGAUGCGCUCGUCUCAUGCAGAAACUGCAACACCUGAAAGCGAGUCUAGAUCGGCGAACACAAACGACGAAACAAAUGUUGUAUCGGAAACCAGUAACGGUGAUGUAGAAGCAAAAGUUGAAAACAUCACGUCGGUAAAGGAAAGCCUUGAUCAGCGUGUAUGUAUCGAGGGCAAUGAGCGUCAAACGGGUUUAAAUUCUGAAGAUAUGCCUGAUGAAGCAAUCAAACGCAAUCGUGAAAAACCUGUUGGUAGUGAUAGUGUUUCUUACGCAGAAAUGAACAAAACGGAAAGUGAUGGCAGCAACGGCCUUACUAAAACUGAAUCGCAAUCUGAUGUGCACGAUGUUGCAGAUGCCGAGCCUAUGCUUGAAGAACCUAACCCUGACUACGAUCCCAUAAAAGUUAGGUUUAGCGAGCCACUGAAGAUAACGGCGCAAAACAUUGGAGAGGAAGAUGAUACGUCAAAUAUGGAGUCGAAUGAGAAUGGUUACGAUGAAAAGGACAAACCAUCUAUCAAAGGAGAUGAGUUAGAAAACAACGAUAUUCAUAAUAAAUACAACCCGAUGAAAGACGUUUAUGAAGGAGCAUAUCAACACGUAAUGAAUGGACGAGUACCUAGUCAUGACACAGAAGUUGGAGUAGAUAAAAUUUGGUUCCCUUUGCAGGACAUUACUUCUGACAACAACAGCCAAUAUGACUUUGCUCCAAUAGUAUCAAUAUAAAGAAGUGAUACUCCAGUUGCUGGAGCAGUAUUGCAGUCUCAUUAUAUACAAUUAGUUGGUCCUUUAUUAAUAGUAAAAUUACUACUACUACUCAAAAUCAACGAAAAUUUCGUCACUUUUUCGUUAAAGUAACUUAACCAAUUAAAAAUCAGUAUUCCUUAUGGCAAUUGCCGAAAUUUCAACGCCAGAUGUGGUCCGGUAAAAUAGAUGUCUGUAGACAUAAAAUGCUCGUUGUUUUUCCAUUUUAAUUUCCGAUAUCUAUUUAUACGACACAUGAACACUAACAUGGUGUUCCUGUGUCGUGUGAAUAGAUAUAUUCGCGGGAAAUUAAAAUGGAAUUAAUUGUGACACAAACAAAUACAAACGAGCAGUUUGAAUCUACAAAAAUCUAUGCAAUCAUACCACAUCUAGCGUUGAAAUUGUGGCUAUUGCUAUAAGGAACACUGAUUGUUUAGGUGUUAACUUUAUUUUACGAAAUACUUAACGAAAUGUUUGUUGAUUUUGAGAGUUAUGGAGACUUUAAGGCAAGUGACCAAUUGCCUAAAUAUUACCAAACAGCUCAAUACAAAACAACAUAAACACAUGUGUACAUAAUUAUAAGCGAUAUUGAUGUUAUUUUUACGGAACAGUUUUGUGACAGAUACACAUUCAGCAGUUACACGCGUUCAUGUUAUCAUUGCAUUAAAUUCACCGAUCAUACUUUAACAGUUGCUACUAUUCAAUGAAAUAUUUAUUUGCUCAUUUCUGGAUUUAUACUUGAUUUUCUAAAUUUCGACUAACUAAUACUUCAUGCUUCCAUCAUCCUAUCGAUUUACCUAUUUGGAUAGAAAACGUCAGUCAAACAUUAAGGCUUUGUUGUGUUUGCAACUAGUAUUUAGCAGUAAACAUAUUUGUAUCUACAUGCUUCAUAUCGAGUGUUGAUCGUGAUAAUAUUUAUUGUCUCACAAUAAUGUGCAUAUAAUAUAACAAUGGUCCCUGAUCUGUUUUCUCUUCACAAUUAAUUGUGUGGUAUGCUGUUAUUUUAUAAAUAUGUAAGAAAUAAACAGUAAAAGAAA